CAACAAACACACAAACACUCACUGCCUUCUUUCCGAGACAACACAAUCGUCAUGUAUAAGCUCAGCGUCAUCUUAUCCUUCCUGUUCGCACAGGGUUCGGUUGCUGGGUUAGUGACAAGACAGAGUUGCCCGGCUAUCCAUGUCUUUGGUGCCCGAGAAACGACUGUAUCUCCCGGGUACGGCUCGGCAGGCACUGUUGUCAACCUGAUCCUCAAUGCGCACCCAGGUGCUACUUCUGAGGCCAUCACCUAUCCUGCAUGUGGCGGUCAGAGCAGCUGUGGCGGUAUCAGCUAUGCCAACUCUGUGGUGACCGGUACGAAUGCUGUUGCCUCUGCGGUGAACUCGUACAAUAGCCGGUGCCCUACCACCAAGCUUGUUUUGGUUGGGUAUUCCCAGGGCGGCCAAAUCUUCGACAACGCUUUCUGUGGAGGAGGCGACCCCAACCAGGGCCUCUCCAACACCGCCGUUCUCCUCUCUGCCUCUGCGGUGAACAUGGUCAAGGCAGCAAUCUUCAUGGGAGACCCUCGGUACAUCUAUGGUCUGCCAUAUGAAGUUGGCACAUGCAGGGCGAAAGGCUUUGAUCCACGUCCGGCCGGAUUUUCUUGCCCUUCUGCCAGCAAGAUCCAAUCCUACUGUGAUUCCCAAGACCCGUACUGUUGCAACGGAAAUGACGCCGCCCACCAUCAGCAAUACGGCUCCAUCUACGGACAAGCUGCAUUGCAGUUUGUUAACGCAAAACUGAAUGCGUGAGAAGGGUACUAGCUGUGGGGUGGGGUGGUUUUAUCGGC